GCUGAAUUCACCGAGAAGGCUAUCAAUUCUAGGAAGCAAGUCAUAGUUAUAUUUUUCACGGAAUGGUCCCCUCCUUGCAAGAUAAUACGCCUUCUCAGCGAGGACUACCCGUCCAUUAAAUUCUAUAAUGUAGAUAUUAAUGACCUUGACCAACUCACUGCUGAUUGGGGUAUUACUUCAUUUCCUACUUUCCUCUUCUUCAAAGACGGUGCACAACUCAAUAACUUCACUGUCCGUGGUGCCCUCACCUCGAACAUUGUUAAUGUUCUCGAAGACAUGUCUCAAAGUGGUGAUGAACAGGUAUAA